AUGGCCUCCGACAUGAAGGCAACGGUAGAGCCCACCAAGAAGGGUUUCUCCGUCUGCGGUUACGAGAAGAUCGAGUACGACUUCGAGUUCCUUGAUGGUGUCUUCAACAAGCAGAAUAGCCAGCUUGCUGACUGUUACUCGCGCUGGAAGCGAUGCUUGGCCGUCAUGGACCUCAACAUCUUCAACCUUUACGGCAAGGAGAUGAAGGAGUACUUUGACCACUACGACAUUGAGCUCAAGAUUCACAAGACCAUGAUUGGAGAGAAGGCCAAGUCUAUGGAGACGCUGCUGAGCAUUGUCGACUCUAUGACUGAGUUUGGCGUCUACCGCAAGGAGCCGGUUCUUGUUGUUGGUGGUGGCCUUGUUACCGAUGUCGCCGGCUUCGCAUGCGCCGCCUACCGUCGCAACACGCCUUUCAUUCGCAUUCCCACUACGGUCAUUGGCCUGAUCGAUGCCUCCGUCUCUAUCAAGGUCGCCGUCAACUACGGCAACUACAAGAAUCGUCUUGGAGCGUACCACGCGCCCACACACACCUUCCUUGACUUCACAUUCCUGCGCACACUUCCCACCGCCCAAAUCCGCAACGGAUUUGCCGAGCUGAUCAAAAUCUCCACAUGCGCGCACCUCGAGACGUUUGACCUGCUUGACCGCUUCUGUGAGGAGCUCAUCAAGACCGGUUUCGGACGCUGCGAUGGUGCCAGCAAGGAGGUUAGAGAGGCUGCGGACAAGAUCAACCGCAACGGUAUCCAUGAAAUGUUGAAGCUGGAGACUCCCAAUCUGCACGAAAUCAUGCUGGACCGUGUCAUUGCCUACGGCCACACCUGGUCCCCUCUCCACGAGCUUUCGCCUGACGUUCCCCUGCGCCACGGCCACGCCAUCUCCAUUGACAUGGCUUUCUCCGCAACACUGGCCCACGUGCUCGGCAGGCUAUCCUCCGAGGAGCACCGCCGUCUGCUGAACCUCUUCUCCCGUGCUGGUCUGUCCAUGGACCACCCGCAAUUCGAUGAGGACAUGCUCGACAAGGCGACAUCGGCGAUCCUCAAGACCCGUGACGGCAAGUUGCGUGCCGCUGUGCCCUCGCCCCUGGGCCAAUGCGAGUUCCUCAAUGACGUCUCCCACAAGGACAUGUGCGCUGCCCUCAAGGUGCACAAGGAUCUCAUGAAGGAGUACCCCCGCGAGGGUGCCGGUCUUGAGGCGUAUGUCGAUGCCAGCGACACGGGCUACACGAUCAACGGCACUUCCGUUGAGGAUGAGUCGCGCAAGUUCAUGGACGGCGUUGAGAAGGUCGUCACCAAUGACGAUACCACUUCUUCCGCCGGUCCGUCAUCAAACGGUUCCUCAACCCCCGAGUAUGGGUUGUCGAGCGGCAAGAACUUGGAUCAGGACAGCGCCAAGUACGUUGCUGCUGGAUUCGAGCCUGAUGUCAUGGAGAAGCUUGACAGCGGCAAGGAGGGCAUCAAGGGCUAUGGCAAGGCCCACGCCGAGGUCGAGAGCGAGUGCUGCUAA